AUGGCCCAUGAUGAGAUCUCGCCGGCAAUACUUUACUGGGGUACACCGGUAGUGUUGAUUAGCACUAUGAACCCUGAUGGGAGUGCCAACAUAGGCCCAAUGUCAUUAGCGUGGUGGCUCGGGCACGGAUGCAUGGUUGGACUCGACGCUUCUUCCCAAACCACGCAGAACAUGCUUCGCACAAAGCAAUGUGUAUUGAAUCUUGCAUCAGACAGCAUGGCAGCGAGUGUCAAUGCGUUGGCUCGACCGAUUGGCACGGACUCAGCACGAGCCUCGAAGCAGGACAGAGGGUAUCAAUUCGUCAAGGACAAAUUCGGAUGCGGUUUAGUCCUCGCGAUCGAAGUCAGGAUCCUGCGAGUCAGCUCUUACGAGGAACUUAGACUCAAUGGGUUUCGAAACCGUAACGACGCAGACAAAUGGAAGCCGAUGAUCAUGAUGUUUUGUGACUGGUACGGCUUGAAGAAUGGGAAACUGAAACAUUCAAGGCUGGCAGAGGUCGAGGAGGAGAUGUACAGAGGAUUGACUGAAACGACCGGGAAGAUAGAUGCAUAG